GUUCGAAAAUUCAAACUUAUUAUUCGUUUUUCUCUGCAUUAUAUCCAGACUUUGAUCAACGAACCUUAUCGCUAUAUACUAAUAUCGUGCCUCAAACAAACUGUAUCCGAAGAAACAAAUUUUUUUCAAAUCAUACAAUGAUUUCUAAUUGAAAAGUGAAGGAUUAAUCUUCCAAAAGAGAUGAAUCCACAAAUCAUGCUGGUCAGUGUGGUGGCAGCUGCUUCGAUCGUUUUUUUCGGAUUUCUCGCUUAUCGGAUGAGACUACAAUCCAACUAUCCCGAUCUAGCUAAUGUGCCACCAUUGGAGGAUAACAGUUCUCUAGAUGAAGAUCUUAAGGAUAUUUUGGCUUUCAUCCCCAUGGCCGAAGUACAACGAAUCAUUGAAAGAUAUAUGAAAUAUGACGCUCAGAUCGGCGAUACAGUGAGCUUUGUAAAUGAUCAGAAAAGAUUUAUCUUACGCGAAUUCCAAAAUAUGCCUGAAGCCCAUAAAUUGAUUUCUUUCUUGCGUCAAAACGGAUUGGACGUAGAUUCUUGGCAAGAUAAGAUACGAUAUUUUUGGAAGAUGUCACCUAGGUUCAUUAAAUACGAACCAAGUCUAGCGAACGGAGGCCUGACUGUAAUGAUUAAUAAAAUCUUGGAGACUAUACCUAUGGACGAGCUGCACGAACUAUUGCGACAGAAAGUGAAAUAUUCGGCGAGUUUUCGCAGAUUUCUACUUGCAUUGCGGUCAAAAGAUUUCCGGGAAUUUUGCACCGCGCUCGAAUCCAACGAUGUGCUGCAUCAUCAUUACUUUUGGGCGAAGGAAGGAGGUUUAGAAAUCACGUUCGCGAUCGAGCUGUUCAACGAACUGUACGUCUAUCUUACACAAACUUUGAUCACUUAA